AGCUCAGGCUGCUGAGGGACUCGCCCCCAGUGGAUGCGGUGGAGUUUGAGCUUUGCUGCAUCCGUCACAGAAGAACAAAAAAUAAGAGGAGAGGAGACGAGCUGCAGAACAUGGGAGGCUGUGAGGUUUUCUGAAACGUUUGCUGGACUUUCCGCGGAGCAUGAGCUUUUAAAACGAAUUUUUAAAAAAGAAACCCAUUUGUGUAGCUGGAAAAAUGAUACACAUGCUAAAUGCUGCAGCCUAUCGGGUGAAAUGGACCAGAUCUGGUGCUGCUAAAAGGGCUGCCUGCCUGGUGGCUGCGGCAUAUGCUCUGAAAACCCUCUAUCCCAUCAUUGGCAAACGUUUAAAGCAGCCUGGCCACAGGAAGGCGAAAGCAGAAGAUUACCCGCCUACAGAGAACAGAGAAAUACUGCAUUGCACAGAGAUCAUCUGUAAAAAACCUGCGCCGGGGCUAAAUGCAGAUUUUUUCAAACAGCUACUAGAACUUCGGAAAAUCCUCUUUCCAAAACUUGUGACCACUGAAACGGGGUGGCUCUGCCUCCACUCGGUGGCUCUAAUCUCAAGAACAUUUCUGUCUAUCUAUGUGGCUGGUCUGGAUGGGAAAAUCGUGAAAAGCAUCGUGGAAAAGAAGCCUAGGACUUUCAUCAUCAAAUUAAUCAAGUGGCUUAUGAUUGCUAUCCCCGCUACCUUUGUCAACAGCGCUAUCAGGUACCUGGAGUGCAAACUGGCACUGGCCUUUAGAACUCGCUUAGUAGACCAUGCCUAUGAAACCUAUUUUGCAAAUCAGACUUAUUAUAAGGUGAUAAACAUGGAUGGGCGGUUGGCAAACCCCGACCAGUCUCUCACAGAAGACAUCAUGAUGUUCUCGCAGUCUGUGGCUCACCUGUAUUCCAACCUUACUAAACCUAUUCUAGAUGUAAUUCUAACCUCCUAUACUCUCAUCCGGACAGCUACAUCCAGAGGAGCAAGCCCCAUAGGACCCACCCUGUUAGCAGGACUUGUGGUGUAUGCCACCGCUAAAGUACUGAAAGCUUGCUCGCCCAAAUUUGGUUCGCUGGUGGCUGAAGAGGCCCAUAGGAAAGGCUACUUGCGGUAUGUUCACUCCAGAAUCAUAGCCAAUGUGGAGGAAAUUGCCUUCUACAGAGGACAUAAGGUAGAAAUGAAGCAACUGCAGAAAUGUUACAAGGCUUUAGCCUAUCAGAUGAACCUUAUCUUAUCCAAACGCUUAUGGUACAUCAUGAUAGAACAAUUCCUGAUGAAGUAUGUGUGGAGCAGCUGUGGACUGGUCAUGGUGGCUAUCCCUAUCAUCACUGCAACCGGCUUCGCCGAUGGCGAUCUGGAAGACGGUCCAAAGCAGGCUAUGGUUAGCGAUCGGACAGAGGCCUUUACCACUGCCCGAAAUUUAUUGGCCUCUGGAGCUGAUGCAAUUGAAAGGAUUAUGUCUUCAUACAAAGAGAUCACUGAACUAGCAGGCUAUACUGCUAGAGUGUACAAUAUGUUCUGGGUCUUCGAUGAAGUAAAGAGAGGCAUUUAUAAGAGAACUGUCACUCAGGAGCCUGAAAACCAUAGCAAGAGUGGAGGUACCCCAGAGCUACCCUUCAGUGACACCCUGGCCAUCAAAGGAACAGUUAUUGAUGUGGAUCAUGGAAUCAUUUGUGAAAAUGUUCCCAUAAUUACACCAGCGGGCGAAGUGGUGGCUUCCAGGCUAAACUUCAAAGUAGAAGAAGGGAUGCAUCUUUUGAUAACUGGUCCCAAUGGUUGUGGGAAAAGCUCUCUCUUCAGAAUCUUAAGUGGGCUGUGGCCUGUGUAUGAAGGAGUCCUUUAUAAACCACCUCCCCAACAUAUGUUCUAUAUUCCACAGAGGCCAUACAUGUCUCUUGGAAGUCUUCGGGAUCAAGUCAUUUAUCCUGACUCAGUGGAUGACAUGCAUGAGAAAGGUUACACAGACCAAGACCUAGAACGUAUUCUACACAGUGUGCACCUCUACCACAUCGUUCAAAGAGAAGGAGGAUGGGAUGCAGUCAUGGACUGGAAAGAUGUCCUUUCAGGAGGAGAGAAGCAGAGAAUGGGGAUGGCACGGAUGUUUUACCAUAAGCCGAAGUACGCGUUGCUGGAUGAGUGUACCAGUGCCGUGAGCAUCGACGUUGAAGGGAAGAUAUUUCAGGCUGCUAUCGGGGCUGGGAUUUCCUUACUGUCCAUAACACACAGGCCUUCUCUGUGGAAAUACCACACUCAUCUAUUACAGUUUGAUGGCGAAGGAGGCUGGCGCUUUGAACAGCUGGACACUGCUAUCCGUUUAACGCUAAGUGAGGAAAAACAGAAGUUGGAGUCACAGCUCGCUGGAAUUCCCAAAAUGCAGCAGAGACUCAAUGAACUAUGCAAAAUUUUGGGUGAAGACUCGGUGCUGAAAACAAUCCAAACUGCAGAGAAGACAUCCUAACUUAUCUUGACAUGUUUCAAGUUAACUUCUAGGUGAAGCCUCAGAGACUCUCUUUACUGCAUGCAGUAUGUUAAGCUAAGUGCAGAGAAAGCAAGCCAGCAAAAAAAGAAAAAGUAUUUUAUAUGAUUUUAGCAUCAAGGAAAUAUAAGACGACUUUUCAAAUGAAAAAA